UCAAUUCGAUCCUUCACAUUUCUGGGGUUGCAUUCAAAAAGACGUUUAAAAACUCUCGGAUUCGAAACUUGCUGGGGGUGUUUAUGUUGUCUUAAAAUUGGUUAGAUUAGGUGGUAUAGUGAUAAGAGCAAUGCAAAAGGAACAUGGUUCUGCACCUACUACACCUACUUCCGCCCGAGGACCAACUACGCCUACUUCCGCCCGAGUUCGGCACCGGAAACGUUCCAAUGUGUUUAAUGUCGAGAUUAGCAAAACGAACGGAGAUCAUUUGCUCAUCAACGAUCACAACAAAUAUCGAUCGAUGUGGAUACGUGCAUCCUCGUCUAUGUGGAUGCUGGGGGGCUUCCUCUUGAUUAUCUAUUUGGGGCACCUUUAUAUUUUGGCGAUGGUGGUUGUUAUCCAAAUAUUCAUGGCGAGUGAGCUCUUCAGUCUACUCAGAAGAGCUCAUGAAGAUAAACGCCUGCCGGGUUUCAGGAUCUUGAACUGGCACUUUUAUUUCACAGCUAUGCUGUUUGUAUACGGUCGCAUUCUCAGUCACCAGCUUGUGAACACAGUAACUUUGGAUAAAAUUUUCUAUAGGCUUGUUAGUAAGCUCAUCAAGUAUCAGAUGUUUAUCUUUUAUUUCUUAUACAUAGCAGGUGUCAUGUGGUUCAUUCUUACACUAAAGAAGAAGAUGUAUAAAUAUCAAUUUGGGCAGUUUGCAUGGACACACAUGAUUCUCAUCGUUGUCUUCACGCAGUCCGCAUUUACCGUGGCCAACAUUUUUGAAGGCAUUUUCUGGUUCCUUCUCCCGGCAUCACUAAUUGCUGUCAAUGAUGUUGCCGCUUAUUUCUUUGGUUUCUUUUUCGGGAAAACUCCUUUGAUCAAGCUAUCUCCGAAGAAAACAUGGGAGGGUUUCAUUGGGGCUUCAGUUGCAACUACGAUCUCGGCAUUUGUGCUUGCAAAUGUCUUUGGUCGAUAUCAAUGGUUGACAUGUCCGAGGAAGGAUUUAUCAACUGGUUGGCUUCACUGUGAUCCUGGUCCACUUUUUAAGCCGGAGUAUUAUCCUUUGCCAGGAUGGAUUUCUGGAUGGGUGUUGCACUGGAAAGAGGUGGCGAUUUUGCCAGUUCAGUGGCAUGCUUUAUGCCUAAGUUUGUUUGCGUCGAUUAUCGCACCAUUUGGAGGUUUUUUCGCAAGUGGUUUCAAGAGAGCUUUUAAGAUUAAGGAUUUUGGCGAUAGUAUACCUGGACAUGGAGGAUUUACCGACAGAAUGGAUUGCCAGAUGGUAAUGGCUGUUUUCGCAUACAUCUAUCAUCAGUCAUUCAUUGUUCCCCAAGACUACACGGUUGAGAUGAUAAUGAAUGAGGUGUUACGCAGCCUUACAUUGGAAGAGCAGCAAAUUCUAUAUAAGAAGUUGGGGCAAAUAUUGCAGGAGAGAAUGCCUGAACUAUACUGAACAAAGUUUAGACAAAUGCACUUUAAUUUCCUGCUUUGAAAAUUUCUUGGACUGGAGGAGAAAAUUGCACACCUUUCCCGUCUCGGAUGAUGGUCGGUACAACUCAAUUACGAUCUUCGGAGGUCUCUUGUACGAUCGAUAUCGUCUUCGAGGUCAAACGGAUUUAGUAUUCGAUGAAAGUAAAUAGAGGUUUCAGGGUUAGUUUGACAUGGCGUUCUUGGAGCAAUGGUUAGAAUGGAUCUAUUAAUGUUUAUAAUGCAAAUUCAGUGGCAGAAAAAUGGAACACAA